UCGUCAUCUAAGCUUUCUUGGUCUCAGAUAGGAUACUUCAUUCGUAAGCAUUUAAACUACUCCACAAUCCCAAUUAAAAAUCUCAUCCUCCUUCGGAUUUCACACGGUGUCUCGCUAUUUUUUCCUAAGUUUCAGCGUACAAAAGAACAGAGUUGCUCACUUUCUCUCUCCUCUUUUUAUUUUCUUACAACCUUUUGGAUUCUGGGGUUCUUUUGUUUGUUCUGUUCAUACUUGAAUUAUGUUGAAUUGGGCAUCAAUUUUUUUUGAUUUAUAGGUUAACUUUCAUUGUGAUUGGAUUAUUGGGUUGAGCUUGAUUUGUUCAUCUGAUCAUGUCGAUGCUUGAUUCUUUCUUCGCUAAGGGGUUUAAGGGCUCUAAAUGUAAAACGUUACUGAAACUUUCGAUUCCGAGAAUUAAGUUGCUGAGGAAUCGGAGGGAGCUUCAUAUUAAGCAAAUGCGCAAGGAUAUUGCGAAGCUUCUUGAGACUGGUCAAGAAGCUACUGCUCGUAUUCGGGUAGAGCAUAUAGUAAGGGAAGAGAAUAUGAUGGCAGCUCAAGAGAUCAUCGAAUUGUUCUGUGAGCUUAUUGCAGUCCGUCUUCCCAUUAUCGAGUCCCAAAGGGAAUGUCCACUAGACUUGAAAGAGGCCAUAUCUAGUAUUUGUUUUGCUGCACCGAGAUGUGCAGACUUGCCAGAGUUGCUGCAAGUUCAGAUGUCAUUUGCAGCCAAAUAUGGGAAAGAAUUCGUUGCAGCUGCUACGGAGCUUAUGCCGGAUUGUGGUGUUAAUCGGCAGUUGGUAGAGCUAUUGUCUGUCCGUGCUCCAUCCGCGGAAAAGAAAUUGAAGUUGCUGAAAGAAAUUGCCGAAGAGCAUGAAUUAGAAUGGGAUCCAUCUCCUUCAGAGUCUGAACUUUUCAAGUCCCAUGAAGAUUUACUGAAUGGACCGAGACAGUUUGUCAGUGGCUCCAAAGUUCCACUUCCAAUAGAAAAACAUCAUGAAGUUUCGCAAUCUACUUCAGUUCAAGAAAGUGCUGCUGAGCCUUCUGAAUCUGAAGAAAGUUUUGACGAAUUAGAGUUUCCUGAAGUUCCCAAGGGAUCACUGAGGCCAAGUGCCGAUGCAGAAGUACUUGCUCCUCCUCCACAAAGUGAGAUACAUUCUUUCCCGUUGCAAAAGUCUAACAUUGAUCCUGAGGACACUUUAUGGUCUGCCAAGCAUGAACCCCCCAAGUCUUCAGCCACUCCUGGGGAGACUAAACAAUUUUUGCCCUUCAUUUCACCCCCGUCCUCUUUGCCAUCAGCAUCACUUCCUGUUAAAGAAAGCAGUCCACCCCCACCACCUUCAAUGGCUUCAAAAGCCAAAAUUGAUGAUUACUUAAAUUUUCAUGAUGUAUUAGCAGCUGCCAAUGCUGCUGCUGAUUCUGCUGAACGUGCUGCAGCAGCCGCUCGCUCAGCUGCUAGUCUUGCAGAGGCCAGAAUUUCUGAAUAUUCCAAGAGUAAGAGUGGCAUCCAGUCCCCUGAUAGUGAUGUUGAGAAUCCAUUUCAUGCUAGUAACGAUAAUCUAUCAGCUGCAACUGAAAAGCUACAACUGGAUGACAGAAAUGCUUCAGGUGAUGAUGAUGUUUCCAAUCCUUGGAUCCCAGGUGAACACUUUGGAAAUGACCAGAAUUUAAAUGGUUUAAAACAUGCUACUAGUGAUGAAGCUAGACUGGAGUCUGAUUCCUAUCCACCAGGAGAGCAUGCUUUCAAACAAGAGGCCCCAUACCCUCAUCAGCCUCAGAGAAUACCAUCAAUGGAUGAUGAUCCAGAAUUCACGUAUCCUAACCUGUUCUCUUCACAUAGUUCUGGAGACAAUUCUCAAUCAAGGCAUGGGUCUUAAAUAGAGGUGAUGAAAGUUGCAGCGUUAUGAGUGGCGACUACCUCCGGCAUCUUAAGCCUGUUUAAUUUUUUCAUCCCCUCACACUUCCCUCAUUCUUUAAAUCAAUCAGUUGUAAAGUUAAGUGUGCUAUUUCCAAGUAAUGACGUAUGGCUUUCAUUAAUGCGAUAGAAUUCUGUUGCUUCUGAUAUGGUACGUUGAGGAGAAGUUUCUGUUACAGUUUUAUAAUCAUGUACAGUGCCUGUAUGCUAUUUUUCUGUGGAUUGAUUUUGGUGUUAAGGAAAUGUUGAUCACAGAGUUUCCAUUUUUAUUAA